AUGGAGGAUAUUAUGCAAAGGCUUAGGAGCAAGGACAUAACCGUCCAACAGAAGGCCGCCGCUGAUCUUCGGUUGUUGGUCGAAGGGCAACCGAAUAUAUUAAACGAAGCCAACAAGCCAAUAUUUGAGAUGAUGCAAGGAGAUACUUCGGACAAAAUCGGUGGUAUAUUGGCAAUAGAUGCACUUAUAGUUAAUAACAUUGAGACGACUACCCUCGCACGCUUUACGAGUUAUUUAAAGAUGGUUCUACCCGGUGUCGAUCCACAAAUUAUGAUAUUAGCAGCAAAGGCAUUAGGGAGGCUGGCUACGCCUGGUGGUCCUGUGACCGCAGUGUUCGUACAGAGUGAAGUAAAUAUUGCUUUAGAAUAUCUACAAGGCGAUAGACAAGAAAACCGAAGAUAUGCAGCUGCUCUUGUUCUUCGUGAAUUGGCUGCAAAUGCGCCGACGCUCAUAUACACAUAUGUACCGCAAAUAUUGGAGGUGAUAUGGGUUGGAUUGCGCGACCCAAAAGCCGCCAUACGAGAAGCAUCAGCAGAAGCAUUAAGUGCAUGCUUACAGAUUAUUCAUGAACGUGAGAAUAGUCAAAAGCAGCAAUGGUAUACAAAGAUAUACGACGAGGCAGGAAGAGGGUUAAAGACAAAUAACGCAGAUCAAAUACAUGGAUCGCUUUUAGCCUAUCGUGAGCUACUCCGUCAUGCUCAAUCAUUUAUGCAAGAAAAGUAUAGAAACGUUGCGGAUGCAGUUUUACGCUUCAAAGACAACAAAGAUGGCCUUAUUCGGCGCACAGUCAUAUCUUUGAUUCCCGAUUUGGCAGAAUUCAAUCCUGCCGAUUUCGUUGCUGUUUAUCUACACAAGUGCAUGGAUUAUCUGCUUUAUCAGCUGAAGAAGGACAGAGAUCGAUCAAUAUCUUUUAUUGCGAUUGGUCAGGUUGCCUGCGCUGUGAAAAGGGAUAUGGGACACCAUAAUUUGGAUCAGAUUCUCUCAAAUAUCAAGGAAGGGUUAUCAGUCAAGGGACGCAGUCGUAGUGGCAGUGAAGCAGCAAUAUUCCAAUGUAUUGGCAUGUUAGCAAGAGCUGUUGGGCCUGCUCUUACCAAACAUAUGCACGACUUGCUAGAGUCCAUGUUUGCAUGUGGUUUAAGUGAACCACUGCGACAAGCAUUGACAGAUUUGGCCACGAAUAUUCCUCCGUUAUUACCAAUAAUUCAAGAACGACUGUUGAAUACGCUAUCGAUCAUUUUGAGCGGUCAACCUUUCCGCCAGCCGGGCUCUCCCGUAUCUGAAAGUCAUGAGAUAAGAAGACAUUUUACGACACAAAUCAACGAUCUGAAAGAUGUCGAACAGACAGUGUUGGCAUUG